AUGUUACAACCAAAACCAAACGAAUUAGGAGGAGAGACCUCACAAUUUUUUGAUUCCGAUCAGGAUGAUCCUUUCUUCUCGGAACAAGCCAAGGAAAAGUAUCGAUUGAAUCAUUCCAUCAACACUUCUGAGAAUCAUGAUACAAUGAAUAUUGCUAUUCGAAUGGAGUCUGUACAAUGGACAAUUCCCGAUUCAGAAUCAGGAGCGUAUUUAAAUACUUUAGAAACUAGAUUACAGCAAUUAAAGAAUGGAAGAACAUUCGGAAAGAGUAGAUUCUUCGGACACUCGUUAAAUCCAUCAUCAACGAAAAAGACAGAAAAACGAAUCGUGACGUCGAUGGAUUCUACUUCCAUGGGCCAAGUGAACUGUAAAUGUAUUGGAUUUCUUGGAGAAGAGGAAGAAGAUCAAGAUAAAGUUGAAAUGGUUGGAGGAAAGCCUUUAUUGGACAAUUCUGAAGGAGGUUAUUUAGAGGAUGUUCUCAUUGAACACUACGAAGGAGAAGAACAGGAAUUUGAGGAUUUACAAUUAAAGGAAAUGGAGCAAGCAGAAUGGACGAUUGAAUAUGCUGUGAAUGAGAGUGGGGAACAAGGUGAUACCUUCGUUGCUACGAAAAGAUUUUAUGAUUUGACAUCCGGAGAGUUAAUGUUGGACAAUAAAACAACCAUCGAAGGCGAAGUUCAAGAAUUACGAAAUAAAGAGAGUGACGAAGAAGAUGAUAUUUAUGACGCCCUGGAAGGAAUGGAGCUGAAAGACGAAGAUGAACUUGAUGACGAAGAAGGCGAUUUUAUGGAACCAGAAAAAUCAUCUUCCAGCUGCUCUCAAAUAUUUGCGAAAACAAAGACGUCGUUACAAGAUGAAGGUGAUGAUUGGGAAGCUGACUUUCCUGAAGAAAAUUAG